AUGAACACCCACCUCGUGCAGUUCUGCAUUCAAUAUGCGAGCAUAGGUACAGCUCAGCUGCAGCCUUCAUCUUCUCUUGAGCUGCUGAUCAAGUGUAUUUUAGCAUUACUCUACUAUGACUAUGUCCUCACAUUCCCUGCAGAGGUGAAGUACAUUUGGCGUGCUAAGUUCCACUUUGCGACCAUCCUCUAUAUUCUCUGCCGCUAUGCUCUCCUCGCAAACGUGCUCUAUCUGCUCGCCAUCGCCCAUAUUCUUGAAAAGGUGCGCUUCAUUGAGUAUGACUUGAAUCUCGCGGCGCUUACAUUCGACGCUCCCCUCAGUGUGUUUUAUCACGGCCACUUUGCUUCUGUCCGUGUCGCAGGCCGCGCAGCUGUCCUCACAACCUUCACCAUGCGCACAUACGUCGAUGUGUAUCACUCGAUAUCGCACUGGCAUGUCACCGGCACACGAUGCUCUGGACCCACGCCUCCCGAGAUUCAUAUAGCAAGCACCGCGCUUUCCAUUGCUGUGUGCGUGUUCGAGUGGAUUGGGACCACGAUCACCGCUCUGCGAUGUGUACAGGCGCUGAAGGUACAGGAGAGGUGGAUGGAUAGUAUAAUGUAUCUGGUACUGAGUGAAGGACUAUUGUACUUCGGCGGAGUGUCCCUCUUCACUGUCAGUGCGGUUGUGCUCAAUUUUGAAGCGCCAGAUGGAUUCCUCGGUCGUCUACUGAAUGCGCUCACUCUCCCGUACGUCUCCGUUUUAUUCUGGGCCUCGCUCGAUGCUCCUGACCUAAGGACCACCAUUCAUGUACCCGACAGAAUAUCCGGAUUGCUUUCCGCACGUCUCUUCCUGCACUUCCACGCGUGGAACGACGACCACCGUGUCAGCGGGGACACCAUAAGGGCUGUCACGACUCUGCAGUCGUUCCAUGCGACCGGUUUUGGCGGGGAUCCCCUGGAUACUCUUGACGGUCUGGAGUGGACAGAUCGCGAUAAUGAUCAUAGCUUGAAGCAGAAAGCUGAGGACGAUGAGAGUGACAUGCCUACGGAGCAUGUCGUCGUUCCACGGCCGGCAUCUGUCAAUACUCACACUUUCAGUGAUAGUCAAUCAUAUGGGCAGGUGGAGACCAGUGAAGAAAAGAAAGCAGGCAAACGGAGGGAGGCCGUGUAA